UCCUGUGAAGAACUGGAAAGACAAGUGAAGCUCGUGGGGCUAACAAAUGGACAUUCUCUCUCUCACACACUUAACUUUUAUCUUAUUCUCUCUCCUUUUCAUCUUUUCACAUUCAAAGAUUAAGAUUUGUGAGUGCUCCUCACAAUAGAGGCUUUGUUGGGCUUCCUCAUCAUCAACACAAGAUCAAGAAUGGUGGAGGAAACUGAAUAUUAUAAUGUUCUCGGUGUGAGUCCAUCGGCUUCCGAAGAGGAGAUUCGCAAGGCUUAUUAUCUUAAGGCUAAGCAAGUCCAUCCAGAUAAAAAUCCAAAUGAUCCUCAGGCUGCUGAAAGAUUUCAGGUUCUUGGUGAAGCUUAUCAAGUUUUAAGUGAUCCAGUACAAAGAAAUGCAUAUGACAAAAAUGGAAAGCACAGCAAAUCAAGAGAAACCAUGCUUGAUCCCACAGCUGUCUUUGCUCUUCUCUUUGGAAGUGAACUGUUCGAGGAUUACAUUGGACAUUUAGCUGUAGCAUCUAUGGCUUCUUCAGAAUUAGCUGGGGAAAGUGACAGUCCUGAAAAACUAAAUGAAAAAUUGAAGGGCAUCCAGAGAGAAAGAGAAGAAAAGUUGGCCAGUCUGCUUAAAGAUUUUCUUUGUCAUUAUGUUCGAGGUGACAAAGAGGAAUUCUUACAGCGUGCAGAAUCAGAAGCUAAACGGCUGACUGAUGCUGCUUUUGGACGGGAUAUAUUGCACACCAUUGGCUACAUUUACUCAAGACAGGCUGCUCAAGAGCUUGGAAAAAAGGCCAUUUAUCUUGGGGUGCCAUUCAUUGCCGAGUGGGUUCGCAAUAAAGGACACUUCUGGAAGUCACAGAUCACAGCUGCUAAAGGUGCUUUCCAAUUACUGCAACUUCAAGAAGAAAUCCACAAGCAAUUUAAAAUGGAUGGCGGUGGCCCUGCAAAUGAUCUUGAAUCACACAUCCGCUUAAACAAAGAAACAUUGAUGAGUUCCUUGUGGAAGUUGAAUGUCGUUGAUAUUGAAGUAACCCUUGUACAUGUGUGUCAAAUGGUGUUAAAAGAAAACAAUGUUAAAAAGGAGGAACUCAGAGCUCGGGCUCUAGCUUUGAAAAUUCUAGGGAAUAUAUUUCAGGAAAAGCAAAUGGAGAUUGCUGGAACAUCGAAGAAGAAAAAUGUUGCCAAUACUGAUGAUGAUGAUGGAAAUUCUUCUGACAGCAGCAGUGAAGAAGAAUCAUCACCAAGAGCCCUUUCCUAUCGCACUCCUCUACUCACUCAGGGUAUUGGAAGACUCUUCAGAUGCCUCUGCAACCCAGCAUUUGAUGUGGACGAUGAUGAAAUCGUGUAUAGAAACAAAUGAUGCAGAUGAAUGACAGGAUUUGUAUCGCAAGUUAAUAGUUACAAUGACUGCCAUUUUCCUCCCAUAACAGAGCAAAAAUGAACAUGCCAAAACCCACCUUGUUGAGUUGAAGAUUUUGUUUAGUGCAGAAAAUGGUAAAAGCCAUUACCGUGUUGUAAGAUUGUGUUCAUAAAAGAACGCACAACUGGAACUCUUUUUUAUUUCAAAUUGAACAUUCAUUGUAUAAGGGAAUAUUUUAAUAAAAUAUAUAAAUUAUAAUUUUGACCUCAAUGUGGAAGUCAAGCUGUUGAUGCUAAA